GUCGCUCUGUGCUGCCCACGCUGGGAUGGCCCUGCGGCAGUUACCAGCACGCAUACGCCUGUGGCCCCCCCCCUCCGCCGGCGAGCCCCAGAGCCAUGGCGCUUUCCCGCCUCGCGAUGCGGUCCCUGGCGCGCGCUCCCGCGGCGCGCCUCGCACGCAGCCCUGCGGUGGGUGGCGCUGUGGCCGCGGGCGCCUCGCGCCACCUGCACGCGUCGGCGUCGAGGACUGCGGCGAAGAUGAGCCCAGCGGAGCUCACAAAGAUCCUCAGUGACCGCAUCUCCAACUUCUCGGACCAGCAGGACGUGCAAGAGGUUGGCCGGGUGCUGAGCGUCGGGGACGGCAUCGCCCGUAUCUACGGCUUGAAGGGGGUGAAGGC